AUGCAGAAAGAAUCAAUAGAUAAUAUUUCAAAUUAUCCAAUGUUAUUUGCAGCUCAUCAACAACUUUAUGAUUAUGCUGUACGUCUUCAUUUUGAUAGUUCAUUAUCAUCUAAUCCAUAUUCUUUAUAUAAUUUUCAUCAACGAUAUGAUCCUCGAUUUUGUGAAGAACCUAAACCAUCAUAUUCAUAUAUUGGACUUAUUGCUAUGGCAAUAUUAAGUACACCAGAACGACGACUUGUUCUAGCGGAUAUUUAUCAAUGGAUAUUAGAUCGUUAUCCAUAUUUUCGUGCACGAGGUCCAGGUUGGCGUAAUUCAAUUCGACAUAAUCUUUCAUUAAAUGAUUGUUUUAUUAAAACUGGUCGAUCAGCUAAUGGUAAAGGUCAUUAUUGGAGUAUUCAUCCAGCAAAUUUAGCUGAUUUUAUUAGUGGAGAUUUUCGACGACGUCGAGCACAACGACGUGUUAGAAAAAGUAUGGGAUUAAUUGUACCUGAAGAAGAAGAAGAAGAUGAUGAUGGUGAUGACGAUGAAAUUUUACCAAUAAAUGAAACUGAACGUCAUUUUCAAAAUUCAUUAUCAAAAAUUCCAGUAGAAGAUUUUAAUUCUAAUAUAACAAAUUUAUCAAUUUCAUCACAAAAAAAAGCUAGAAUUAUUCAACCUAAUCUUCUAGAAAAUUAUUUUAAUGAUAUACAACCUAUUGCCAUAUCUAAUAACUGUGAACAACAUCUAUCUUCAAUACAAUCAAUUAAUUUAAAACAAAAUCCAAUAAAAGAAAAUCAACGAAAACGUUGUUUCAAUGUUGAUAGUCUUUUAGCACCUGAUGAACCAUGUUUAAUUAAACGAAAAAAAUUUUAUUUAUAUAGAAAUGACGAUAUUCAUAAUUCAUAUUUAAAAUCAGACAGUUCUACCGUUACUGAAACAUAUGCUUAA